AUGCAAAAGAAAUCACGUGGACAGGCGGAGGAGGAAGAGGGCGAGGGCGAGGGUGAGGGCGAGGAAGCGGAAGCGCAAGAGGAGGAAGAAGAAGAUGAGGAUGAACUCGUCGAUAUUUGUGACAGAGCCGUGGAUGAAGUCUUUCCAAGUGGUAAUGUUCCUGAACGGGAUGCAGAAUCCACUGUGUCUUUGGGUAAGCCGAGAUUUGGGGUGGGUUGGAGAAGGUAUAGAUUGAGAUGGUUAACAGGGUGA